UUAAGCUUCCUUCUCAUCACUCUCGUUCGUAGAAACAACAAUUAUCAUAGUUACACGCUGAACACAAAACAACAGUAAAAUACGAAUACAUAGUGAAACAGUGCGUUGUUUAAUAAACAGUUAAUAUCACUCCAUAAGUUGAUCUCAUGAAUGGACUGCUACACUUUUAUGCAACUGCUAAUCUUAAACUUUGUCGUUAUUUUUAUCGACAAACUAUGUGAAUUUUAUUUCAACUAUUGUUGAACGAUCUUUAGUCAUUAUAAAAAAGAAAUUAUAAAUUGAUGUGAUGUAUUUAUAAUUUAUUAUGAUAUAGUACGCUAACACAGAUUCAAUUACUAUAAUUAAGCUUUUAGCCUAUAAUAUCGUGUGAGACUCGUAGUAAGAAAUUCGGGCCAAAUAUAAGAAACAUUGAGUCAGGUUCAUGAUAUGUAGAUCAGGCAAAACGUAAACAACACAAGUUAGGCUCGUGGUUCACAUUUUUGCAGAUGCCUUUCCAUUGCAUUUAUAUGCUAGUCUUGACCACAUUUGUAUGUGCAAAUAUAUUUUCUUAGAUAUAUUAGAAAAUAAACACUUAUAUAAUGUCUUCAAAAAAAAAAUUUAAUAGUUACUGCACAUGAGAGAAUAGCUAUAUUAGUCAAAGCGUGAGCGACUUUGUUAUUAAGGGGGUAGCCUGGUGUAGCAACUUCAAAAAAUCGAUUUUUUUUUUUGCUUAAUCGAUAGUUUUUCACCUCUAGAAAAUGUUCCCAAAGUCCCAAAAAUAAAUUCAAAAUUUUGCGGGUCGAAACAAGCUCGCUAAGUAUGCAUGCGUAAGCGUUCCCAGAGGCCCCAGAGCCACAGUGCUCACGAGAGUUUUAAAAUGCCUUUAGGAACUCUUGUAGUCUGUUGGUAAUCUUAUAAGCAUUAUAUACAUCAAUGUCAAAAUGUCAAAAAAGAAAAAAAACUUGGUGACAAGAGUAAGCUAACUGACACCUUGAUAAAAAAGCUUACAAAAUACUACGGCCUCGCAAUAAUGAGAAAUCCAGAAUCUGUGGAAAAUAUGCAAAGAGAUAUAAUGGCCACAUAUUUGCAUAGUAUAUCGACUGAUAAGAAACCAAGACAUGAAAAUUGUCCUUCUGCUGAAGAUUCUUGGUGUAAAUUUCGACGCGCCGAAAGCCUAGGAGUUCCAUACACUCACCCAGAGCCUUUACAUCCAGUUGUAGCUGAGAGUAUAUUACCUACAUACAAAGACUUAUCGAGAAAAGAUUUACUUGAAAGAUGUUUAGGCGGCUUCACUCAAAAUGCCAAUGAAAGCUUUAACUCGCUCAUUUGGCGACUAGCUCCUAAGCAUCUACAUUGUGGACGAAAGAUUAUCGAAAUCGCGGCCUAUUUAGCAGCAACUAUGUUUAAUGAAGGUUACUUGUCAUUGCUAGGAAUCAUGUCAGAAGUUGGCAUUAAUUGGAACGACCUGCAGAAAUUUUUCUGAUAAAGUUAAUCAAAGUAGAGUCACUUCUCAGAAUCGUCGAAGUAAAAGCGCUAAUAGGAAAAUCGGUUUGCUGCACAAAGAACAACAACUACAACAAAAUGAACUUUAUGAGGAGAUAGAAGGUCUUUUGUAUGGUCCAGGGAUAGUUGUUUGAUAAUAAAGUUGAGGUAAAUAAAAAAAAUAAUAGUUUAUCAACUUUUUUUCUUGCUUGAAAAC